AUGGCGGCGCUGGGCCGGCCCUUCGGCGGCCUCCCGUUGAGCGGCGCCUCGGAGUUCCUGCCGCCGCCCGCGGCCUUCGCGCCCGACGCCGCCGCCGCCCAGCCGGGCCCGAGAGCGGGGAGCCGCGGCGGCGCGAGCGGGGGCCCGGGCGGGGGCGCGGCGCGAGGACGCUUUACGCUUCACUGUAAAAAGAAGCACAAGCGAGAGGAAGAGGAUGAUGAUUGUCCAGUAAGAAAGAAAAGAUUAACUGAAGCAGGCCUCAGUGCUGGGCCUAAUGACUGGGUUCUUUGUGCACCUCAACAGUUAGAGGGACAUGGAGUAAAUUUGUGUACUAGUGCCCUUUCUGGACCUGGCAUGACAGAUGUUAUUUGCGAAGAAAUGGAUCAGACAACUGGAGAACCGCAAUGUGAAGUUGCCCGGAGAAAGCUUCAGGAAAUUGAGGACAGGAUAAUUGAUGAAGAUGAAGAAGUUGAAGCAGACAGAAAUACUAACCAUCUCCCCAGUCUUGUUCUUUCGGAUACAAUGAAAACUGGUUUGAAAAGGGAAUUUGAUGAAGUCUUUACAAAGAAAAUGAUAGAGUCCAUGGCCAUGCUGGAUAGUGCUGAGAGCCGUCCUUCCAUGGAACUUGUGCUCUGGAAACCUCUCCCUGAACUUCUUUCUGAUAAGCCAAAGCGGUCAUCUAAUGCUAAGAACUACCCAGGAGAGAACCAAACUAAGCAUGCAACACCUGCAACUGCCUUCUCUCGGAGAACUGAACUGUUCUUGGAACCUCAGCAUUUAGCAAUGCCUGUUUACAAUGGUUUGGAGGCAGCUGCUUGCACAGAAGAAGAAAUGGAACUCUAAUAGGUGUCUGUACUAAAGCUGUCCAAGUUGAGAAGGCUCAUGUGUUCAGUCAUGAAUCCACUUGCAUAGUAAGGGCCUUUAAUGUUUUAUGAAACGGGUGUCAUAAUAUCUCUCCCUGUGUGGGCCUCUCAUUCUGGGUAGCUAUUUCUUGAGUUCAGUGAUUUGCCAAGAAACUUGUCUCAAGGGAAAAGCAAUUUUCUCGGGGAUUUAUUGAGGAAGUGUGAGAUUUCAAACUGCAAAGGCAAGUAUAGAAGUUCUACAUGUAAGAAUGAUAGUCAUCUGUCAGAUUGUCUAAAACCAUUCAGAUACUUGACAAAGAUGCAUUGGGAAAGAAGUAUGUUCCUGUUGUAUACCUUAUAGUUGGACUCACAGCUUUGUAGAUAUGACUUUGUUUAUUUACCCUGGUGAAUAUAUAUACACACACAAAUAUAUCUAUACACAUAUAUAUACAUAUGUGCAUAUAUGUACGUAUGUGAGUAUAUAUAUAUAUGCACUCAUAUAUGAUUUGGGUGAAGAAGCCAAGGUAGUUGUUGUUUGGGCCUAUCACUAAGAAAUUGAACAGGCCCUGAGACUUGUGUAUUUGUUGUCAAUUUAUUGUAGCUUAAUUGAUUAAAUAGUAGCAUUGUGGCUCACCUCAUAGGAAAAUACAAAAGAAAACUUUCCUUCAAGGCUUUACUUGCCUUGUGCUACUGUUGCUCCUUGGUUUCUCUUACAUAAUUGAUAAGCCCAGUUAUUCAGCAAUGUUUACAACUUAAUUAAUUCUGAGUGCUAGUUUUGAAGAAAGCCUGACUAAGUUACUGGGAGAAGCAUCUUGCUUCUUAGAUAAUCCCCAAGAAAUGCUGUGUCUGCUAAGUCCUUGACAACUUCUGUAUUUAAAAAGAAAAAGUUGUUGGGCUGGAGUGAUAGUACAGCAGGUAGGGCACUUGCCUCACACACAAUCGACUCAAUUCAAUCCUGUCAUCCCACAUGGUCCCCAAGCACUGCCAGGAGUAAUCCCUGAGCAUCACUGGGUGUGGUGUGUCUCCUCCCCAGACCCCCUCCCCAAAGAAAGCUGUUUCUGAAGUUAAGUUAUAAGAAAUGACUGAAUAGUCAAGAGAAUCGGUAAGUGACUAGCUAAUUUGCCUACUUGGUACUUCAACCAUGGUACAGAUAGCCUAAAAAUUAGUAGAAAUUAGCUUCCUGAUAGCAGGAAAUCUUCAUAUUAAGAUUUUAAACCAGGUUUAAGGUAUAGGUAACCAAGUUUGAAUCUUUUCCCCAUAGGAAGAUCUCUUCUGUGUGGCUAGCACUUGUAGUGCA